UAUCCCAGUUCCCCACGCAGUUGCAGUCAACCCUCCAGGGAUAUAUAUAUAUCUCUCUCUCCCUCCCCGACACUUUAACUCUGUCUCUCUCAACUCGCCGACUUUCCAUCCCAAAAGCGCCACAACGCCAGGCUCCACGACUCUAACCAUGACUUCCCACCUGCCGGGUCUGCUCCUCGUGGCGUUGCUGUUCGUGAGCGAAGUGCACAGCCUCAAAUGCUACAGUUGCCCACCGACCAUCAACAAAACGGAGUGCAACGAGGGCGGCCUCAUCACGUGUCCCGAUGAACUGAGCAACACCUGCGCAACAAUCCUCGUCUACAAAGGCUCCACCUACGCCGUCACCAAGCAAUGUAUGCCCAAGGUCUAUUGCGACACCCUCAAAGCAUUCGACGCAACCUACAGCGGAGCCACGCUGAGCACCACGUGCUGCCAGGGCGACGGCUGCAACGUCAACGCCGCCCCUCCUCGACCGCCGGGCGCAGCUCACGUGACCCUGGCCCUGCUGGGCGUGGCCACCAGCGUCGUGGUCAGCAGGGCUCUGGUGUAGGUCGUGACGUCACAGCCGCACUCCACCCCCCCCCCCCCCCCCCCCACGUGCCUGGGUUGAUCCAAUCACUUUUAAACUUCAAUUCGGUUGUCUCACGACGCUUCCACCAGUGGAGCUGUGCAACGCUGAAAUCGUCUUGAUUGUUGUGUUACGCUGCUAAAAAAAUGCAACGUACGUAUGUCCAUAACAUAGAGACAAGUAGACUCGUUACACAGAGAGCCAUAGGCUCACCACAUAGAGACCCAUAGACUCAUCACACAGAGACCCAUGGACUCGUCACGCAGAUACCCAAGUGAGGAAUGAUAUUCCAUCAUUUAUAGAGAAACAGGCAGUGGAUCCCGUAAGG